AUGUCGACCAACACAAUUCCGUCUUCGUCUUCGUCUUCGUCCGACUCCCUCCACAAUAGAGUCAAAUACUUACAGGAUAGAGUCAAAGCUCUUGAAAUAUCUCUCAGGUUGUCUCUGCCUGAAACUCAAUAUCAUAGCGGUGAAUGGACACCGUGCGGCGGUUCCACUUUGAACACGUUCAACGUAAUGAGCACUGUGGAGGCGCCCUUUGCACUUGACGCAGGGUCGCCCAUCCUUAGCGGUCCAUCUCCCAUGAAGUCCGAUCUUAUUUACCAGCCCCUUCCAAACACCGCCCUUGAUCCAGACAACGGAAUGGAUACGCCUUGUCUUAGCGGGCCUGGCCAUUUGGAAGGUCGCAACUUCAACCUGGAACCUCGCCUCGAGUUUAUCAAUAGCUUCUCUUCAGAGCUUUCCAUGACCCCCUCUAUAGAUGAUGCUUCAUCCCAGACGUGGAGUUCUCAUACUCUCCCGUGGUCACCUGACGCAUCAUCUUCCAACGGGAGUUUAUCUCGGGAUUAUUUCCCGUGGGCGAACAGGCACGCCCAAGAUCAUCAUGUCGAGCCAUCAUCCGGCGACAUACAAAAUCACGCGCAGAACUCCUGCGAUGUUUAUCUAUCUAGUUUUUGUGGCGGAACCGAUCUUCAUUCGCCUACACCAUCGUGGUCGGAGAAGAGGAGUGAUUAUACAUCAUUGAUUGGCACAUCAUGCCAAUGCUGCUGGGAUGGCGGGUGCCUCUCAGUUCUGACUGUCGACAGGUCCGAAGUGAUGAAACACCUCCAACUGCACCACGGUGUUAAAUCUGGCGGCGACAAAGAUAAGAUAUCGUGCCACUGGGACGGCUGCGAGAAGGAGAUACAGAAGGAGAGCAUAUCGCGGCACAUCGUUACGGUUCAUUUGAGCGACAAAACGAAAUGUGGUGGUUGUGGAAAGCAGUAUACUCGGUUAGAUUCUAAGCUGCGCCACUUGAAGCGUUCAAAACGAAAGGAUUGUAGAGAAUCCGAACCCCAUGACAGCCGUGUCAAACGCCUUCGCCUGUCGUGGCCAUGA